AUGGGACGUCCCCCAGCCCUGGACAGAGGCAGUGUCCAACUUGAUGCCGCCCUCCAGCUUCUCCGACAUUCAGGGAGAUUGGGUCUUGCUAAUUCAGGGCCCCAGGCCCUGGGCCAGGCUCCAGAAGGGCAGAGGGGCAGUAGGUGGAGUCCAGGGCACAGAGCUGAGCAUACUUCCCAGCCCUGGAGGACUUCGUCAAGGACUGAAGAGGGGAAGGCUAUGGGUCCAGCUCCAAAGCAAGCCUGGCCCCCAUGGCCCCCUCUCCUGUUCCUGCUCCUCCUGUCUGGAGGCAGUUGUGGUGGGUGCCCUGCCGUGUGUGACUGUGCCUCCCAGCCCCGGGCAGUGCUCUGCCCCCUUCGGCGACUGGAGGCUGUGCCUGGGGGACUCCCGGCGGACACUGAGCUCCUGGACCUGAGUGGAAAUCGCCUGUGGGGGCUUCAGCGCGGAAUGCUCUCCCGCCUGGGCCUGCUCCAGGAACUGGACCUCAGCUACAACCAGCUGUCCACCCUUGAGCCUGGGGCCUUCUAUGGCCUCCAAAGCCUCCUGACCCUGAGGCUGCAGGGCAACCGGCUGCGAAUCAUGGGGCCCGGGGUCUUUUCAGGCCUGUCUGCCCUCACGCUGCUCGACCUCCGCCUCAACCACAUUGUCCUCUUCCUUGACGGAGCCUUUGGGGAGCUGGGCAGCCUCCGGCAGCUGGAGGUGGGGGACAACCACCUGGUGUUCGUGGCUCCAGGGGCGUUGGCAGGGCUGGCCCAGCUGAGCACCCUCACCCUGGAACGCUGCAACCUCAGCACAGUGCCCGGCCUGGCCCUGGCCCGCCUCCCGGCACUAGUGGCCCUGAGGCUUCGAGAACUGGAUAUUGGGAGGCUGCCAGCUGGGGCACUACGGGGGCUGGGGCAGCUAAAGGAGCUGGAGAUCCACUCCUGGCCAUCUCUGGGGGCUCUGGAGCCUGGGAGCCUGGCUGGGCUCAAUCUCAGCAACCUGGCCAUCACCCGCUGCAAUCUGAGCGCAGUACCCUGCCAAGCGCUCCGCCACCUGAGCUUCCUCAGGGUCCUGGAUCUGUCUCAGAACCCCAUCUCAGCCAUCCCCGCCCGAAGCCUCAGUCCCCUGGUGCGGCUGCAGGAGCUCCGGCUGGCGGGAGCGUGCCUCACCUCCAUUGCCGCCCACGCCUUCCACGGCCUGACCGCUUUCCACCUCCUGGACGUGGCAGAUAAUGCCCUUCAGACGCUGGAGGAAAUGGCCUUCCCUUCCCCAGACCAACUAGUCACCCUGCGGCUGUCGGGUAACCCCCUGACAUGUGACUGCCGCCUCCUCUGGCUGCUCCGGCUGCGCAGGCACCUGGACUUCGGUGCGGCACCCCCUGCCUGUGCCAGCCCCCGGCACAUGCAGGGCAAGAGCCUGAGGGAGUUCUCAGACAUCCUGCCUCCAGGGCACUUCACUUGCCAACCGGCCCUGAUCCGAAAGUCUGGGCCGCGAUGGGUCAUCGCAGAGGAGGGGGGGCAGGCCGUUUUCUCCUGCUCCGGAGACGGAGACCCAGCGCCCACGGUCUCUUGGAGGAGGCCUCAGGGCCCUUGGCUGGGAAGGGCUGGGCGAGUGAGGGUCCUGGAGGAUGGGACGCUGGAGAUCCGCUCGGUGCAGCUGCAGGACAGAGGGGCCUAUGUCUGCGUGGUCAGCAAUGUUGCUGGGAAUGACUCCCUGAGGACCUGGCUCGAAGUACUCCAAGUUGAACCACCAAAUGGCACUCUCUCUGACCCUAACAUCACCACGCCAGGGAUCCCAGGGCCCUUCUUCCUGGAUAGCAGAGGUGUAGCUAUGGUGCUAGCAGUUGGCUUCCUCCCCUUCCUCACCUCGGUGACCCUCUGCUUUGGCCUCAUUGCCCUCUGGAGCAAGGGCAAAGGCCGGGUCAAACAUCACAUGACCUUUGACUUUGUGGCACCUCGGCCCUCAGGGGAUAAGAACUCGGGGGGUAACCGGGUCACCGCCAAGCUCUUCUGA